CCGGCCGGGCUCGGGGAGCUGCGGGGUUCGCGGGGCGCGGCGGGCGCGGACCCGCCCCUGCGCGGCGCUCGGCCCCGCACCCCGCGCCGGGCAUGUAGCGGUGCAGCAGCGGCGGAAUAUGGGCGGGAGCCACUCCCACAAGCCCCCCGUGUUCGACGAGAACGAGGAAGUCAACUUUGACCACUUUCAGAUUCUGCGUGCCAUCGGAAAAGGGAGUUUUGGAAAGGUGUGCAUCGUGCAGAAGCGCGACACCAAGAAGAUGUACGCCAUGAAGUACAUGAACAAGCAGAAGUGCAUCGAGAGGGACGAGGUGCGCAACGUGUUCCGGGAGCUGCAGAUCAUGCAAGGGCUGGAGCACCCCUUCCUGGUCAACCUGUGGUACUCCUUCCAGGACGAGGAGGACAUGUUCAUGGUGGUGGACCUGCUGCUGGGCGGGGACCUGCGCUACCACCUGCAGCAGAACGUGCACUUCUCCGAGGGCGCCGUGAAGCUGUACAUCUGCGAGCUGGCGCUGGCGCUGGAGUACCUGCAGCAGUACCACAUCAUCCACAGAGACAUCAAACCAGACAACAUCCUGCUGGACGAGCGCGGGCACGUCCACGUCACAGACUUCAACAUCGCCACGGUCGUGAAAGGGUCCGAGAAGGCGUCCUCCAUGGCCGGGACGAAGCCCUAUAUGGCCCCCGAGGUCUUCCAGGUGUACGUGGAUGGAGGCCCGGGGUACUCGUACCCGGUUGACUGGUGGUCCCUGGGUGUCACGGCCUACGAGUUGCUGCGGGGCUGGCGGCCCUACGAGAUCCACUCGGCCACGCCUGUCGACGAGAUCCUGCACAUGUUCCGGGCCGAGCGCGUGCGCUACUCCUCCACCUGGUGCAAGGGGAUGGUGGCUCUGCUCAAGAAGCUCCUGGCCAAGGACCCUGAGAGUCGCCUGUCCAGCCUGGGGGACGUCCAGAGCGCACCCUACCUGGCCGACAUGAACUGGGAUGCAGUGUUCGACAAGGCGCUGACGCCCGGCUUCGUGCCCAACAAAGGGAGACUGAAUUGCGACCCCACGUUUGAACUUGAAGAGAUGAUCCUCGAGUCCAAGCCCCUUCACAAAAAGAAGAAGCGGUUGGCCAAGAACCGGUCCAGGGACAGCACGAAGACCAGCUGUCCCCUGAACGGACACCUGCAGCAGUGCUUGGAGACGGUGCGGAAGGAGUUCAUCAUAUUCAACAGAGAGAAGCUGAGGCGGCAGCAGGGGGCGAGCGGCCAACUCCUGGAUGGCGCCGAGGGCCGCGGAGGCAGCCAGGCGCAGAGCAGACUGCAGGACGGCCGCAACAACAACCUCCUGGCCCAGGCCUGCUCCCGAGGCUGCCGCAGCUAAGGCCGGCACACGGCCACGCUGACGCAGAGAGCCUGGGCCCGCCCGGCCCACUCGCUGCCACCUUGGACAAACCCGGCCCUUUCUGUGCCUCAGUUUCCCGCCUCUGCGUCGGGUCUGACAAUCCUCUGCCCCACCUCUAAUUUACCAGGUUGUCGGGAGAUGCCAGUCGGAGGCGGGCGGGCCAGCCCCGCUGUUUAUAAAAUGUUCCCAGUGUAGAAUCUGCCCUCCAUUCCCAACCUAGACCCCCAGGCCCCCAGGGCGAUGAAUGAGCCCACCCCAAACCGACCCUUCACCCGCCCCUCAUCCUGAGGCAGGACUUUGGGGAAAGUGGCCCAGGGGGAGCGUCUCCCGCGGCCCCAGCACAGCCCAGCUGUCCUCAUUCGGCCCCGCUGGCCACCCCUCCCACCUGCUGGGCUGGCCGCCCGCAGGACAGCCCGGCCCUGAGGAUCUGGUGCUGCAGCUGUCCUCCCCCCACCCAUUCAAGACCCGCCCCUCCCCCACCUCGCCCAGCCCCUUCUGAGAAUCCGGCCACACCCCUUAGUCACGCAGCCAAGUGUUGGCACAGUUCCCCACUCCCCCAAGCCCAGCCCGGGGGUCCAGGCUGCCAGUCUGAAGGGGAGACCCCGGGUGGGCAGAUGGCAGCUCCAGACUGCUCCGACACAGGACACAUUCGGGAACGUGCCCCCUUCCUGGAGCACGUGGCUGGAGCCAUGGACUCUGGCUAGCAGCAUCCAGGGACAUCGGAGAGUGUCUGAAGGGAGGGACCGAGACUUGUCCCUGCUGGGCUGCAGCCUGGUGACCUUGGGCUGGCGGGAGAGAAGGUCCCCUCCCGCUGCUGCCAGGGCCACCUCCCUCCCGGGCCCGCGCCAUCUGUGGCCCCCCUCCCCCAGCCGUCCUGGGCCCCCUGCCCUUGGGUUUUGUCCUCCACCCUUGAGUGUCCCUUUCGACGACCCACCCCAGUCUUGGGGCCGUCGGCGUCAUCUCCUCGACAUCUCGAGAGGCGUCUCAGUGUAGGGUGUGGUUUUAUAUUUUUACUCAAAGACACACACAUGGUCCUCGUCCUCCUCCUCCAAACCAGGCCUGUUUCUCCAUAACUCGUGUUCCACGCGUUUCUGUCCCGUCCCCUCCAGGAAAUAGCGGGGCUGCUUCUGUCUUCACUGUGACUCUGGCCGCACGGCGCCUGUGCUGUGUCCACGGGCCAGGAGCCCGAGCAGCCCCGGACGCUGGUGUCCCCCUCCGCAGCCUGUGUGGGUCCCUGUCCAGAAUAAACUAUUUCUUGGA